CUCUCCCCGGCAGAGCUGAAGUGAGCAGACAGACAGAGAGGAGGGGAAAGCAGAGCAGAGCAAAGCGAAACAAGGUUAGCAAGCUAGCGAGCGAAGAAAAUGGCGAUCACGCAGGACGAAUGCCUCCCCUCGUAGAUACUGCAAAUGCGUUGAAUUUCUUUAGCCUUACAGCCGGCUUUCCUUUCCACUCUGUUGCACUUUAUACUUUAUGAGAGAUUCGGAAUUGGAAGCUGUUGCCACCAAAGAAACUGAAGAGUCAUAACAGGGAACCCACCCACAGAGGGAAGAACAGUGGAUGGAAGAGAGAGAGAGACAGAGAGAGUGACGAGGAAGGAGGAUAAGAAGACACAGGACUGGACAAAAGUGCCAGAGCAUAUCAAGUCCAGGCAGAGUCCUAAAUCUGAACCACACCCCCCCUCCCCUCUACACACACACACACACACACACACACGCCCACCCACCCACAUACCCCCCCUCACGCACACACAUACACAUACACACGCACACACACACAGACACACACACACACAAAAACACAACACCCAAACACACACACUCUUCAGCACGUCCUCAGCGAUGCCAAGGGGGCCCGCUCAGCCUGCCGCCCGCUCUGAUAAGCCCUGCCCCUUCACCUCCAACCCCUGAGGCUGUGCCCUCCACGCCGUGACCUUUGACCUUCUCCCAUCACCCUGGGAACCAGAGGUCAGCUGUCCUCCAGUCAGCCAGGGGGCGUCCUCACGCCCGGCCAGGAGCCACAGCCAGACGUCACACACACAGGCAUGGCUCCCAUUCGGGACUCCGUCAGCCACUCCCCUAAUCAAACAGGUCUGGAGCACCCUGGGCUGGACUCGCAGUAUGAGCCUUCCCCCUGGUCCUCUGGCUCUCCCUGCAGCAGUGACAGCAACAGCAACUGGGGCAAAGUCCUAGUGGACGGAAGCACCGACAAGUCCAACAACCCUUCCUCCACUAACUCAUCCGUCUGGCCCCCUUCCUCAUCUUCUUCCUCUUGCUCCUCUUCUUCCUCCUCCUCUGGCUGUGGAUCAGGAUCAGAUCCUGAGUUGGCAUCAGAAUGCAUGGAUGCAGACUCUAGCUCCUCGGUCGGCUCGGAGAAGAACCUUGCUGCUGUUGCUGUGACAACAGCAAUGAUGAUGUCAGCAAACUCUUCCUCUGCAUCCUCUACAACUUCCUCCUCCUCCUCUUCUUCUGUGACCUCCGCCAUGAUGGUCGGUGUUUCAGUGAAUGGAGACGGCAAUGGCAAUGGCCGACAGAUCAUUGGUGGAGGGAUGGGAACCAUAGGUGGUGCAACCAACGGGAUUAGUAACAUCACUGGGUCCUCCCACUACUCCGUGGCUGGUUCCGGCAGUAUUGGCAGCAAUAACAUGGGUAACCACAGCAACGGCAACAACAAGCUUGUCAGUAACAGUGGUGUAUGGGGCACCCAGUCAGGCAGCAACAUUACCACCGUUGGUGGCAGCACCCCCUGCAUCAACGGAGGAUUGAACCCGAGCACUUUGAACCCAAAUGCCAACCAUGGUGCCUGGCCCCAGAAUCCGACCCCGGGCCCGGCGUCCCAGGGGCAACGGCCUCCACAGGCCCCGGGGAUGAAUUCUAAACUUGGCAUGGCUCCACCCCAGGGCCCUUUGAUGGGCUGGGGUGGCAUGGCAGCUCCAGACAACAGCAUGAUGGAAGACACCGAGGUGAAUAAUGGUACAGCAAGCAGCAAGGUGUUAGGAAGCAGCAACAGUGGUAAUGGUGGCCAGCAGCCUACCAACCUUAACACUGAAUCCAAUGGACCAAAUAACACUAUGAUGAUGAAUACUACUAUUACUACUACUAACGCCACAAUGACCUCUAGUCUACCAAACUCUACCGCCUCGCCCCAGCUCAGCGGGGAUGGUUCCUGGGGCUCCAUCGGAGGAGGGAAUGGGGGUCCGCUGGCCAAUGGAAACCCCUCAUCAGCCCCCCAGCACCCCCAUGGAGAGCUGGGGGGUCCUGGGGCCUUCGGUACGCCUUGGGGCACCACUACCUACCCUGGAGACAAGGGCCCCUCUAAUGCAGACACUGUGAACCCCCAAAACCCUGCCUUAAUGCAGGCUGGGAACCCCCAAAUAUCCUCUGCUGCUGCUUACAAGAGUAAUAAUAACCACAAUAACACUGGGGCCCCGCACUGGGACCAGGGGCUCGCCAACAACCCCAACCCAGCUCAGAGCAGUUUGUCCUGGGGUGCCAGCCCAAAUCAAAUCCCAGGAUCUGCAGGCCAAACACCGGGAAACGGGAACCCAAGUAUAAUGGGCCCUCCAGCAGGGAUACCUCGCCCCUGGGGGAGCAGCGCCUCUUCUUCCUCCUCCUCCUCAUCAUCCUCUUCCACAUCCAACAACAAGAUGUCCAACGGGGAAUGGGGCACGAUGCCUCCCGGUAACAACCAUGGAGAUGGUGGAAGUCGUAAAGGAAGUUCCUCCAACAAUGGCUGGAAGAGCCUGGAGGAUGAUGCCCUUGGCAUGGGAGGUGGAGGAGGAGGAGCUGGAAGUCAGGGCCCAGGGAGUGUGACCGGAGGCUGGGGUCGUUCUGGAGGAAGUGAGGGAAGUGGAGAGAGCUCUGGAGGCCGCUCCAGCUCAGAUAGAGAAAGCAGUCAGCAGAGAGGGGCAACCCGCCGAAGAGGUACCCAUGCUGCAAUGCCGCUGUCUUCUCUGACCCGGGCUGAUGUAGACCCCAGGGUUUUGUCCAACACCGGAUGGGGACAGACGCCUGUAAGGCAGAACACAGCUUGGGAUGUCAGUUCUCCUGUAACCAACCCCAUCCAAGGCCCAAGAGGAGAUGAAAGGAAGCCUAACAACGGAGGUUCCGGCUGGGGCUCAGUCCCAUCGGCAGCCCCCUCCCAGACUUCCAGCUCUGGAGGUUGGGGGGAUGGGCCAGUGGGCACAGGCCCAGACACAGGAGGUUCUGGCUGGGGAGAGCAGAGACCAACCUCUGGGUGGGGGGACAGCAAAGGCCCAGGGAGUGGAGGAGGACAGGGAGGCUGGGACAGUGGAUCCACCUACAAGGGGAACAACAAUAACAGCAAUACCUGGAGUAAUAACAUCAACAAAGACGACAGGUCCAACACCUGGACUAAUGCUCCCAAGCAGCCUAAGCAGCAGCAGGGCUGGGGAGGCAACAGUGGAGGUGGAAGUGAUAGCUGGGGCAAUGGUGGAGAUGGCUCCAGAGGAGGUGCCAGCAACCACUGGGGUGAGCCCCAGAAAGGUGCGGGGUCAGUGGGCUGGGACAGCGACAGUGACCGCUCUGGCUCUGGAUGUUGGAGUGAGCCAAGCCGAACCAACACCAGCAGCAGUAACACCUGGGUUGGGAGUGGAGGGUCCAAUACUCCAGACCAGAGCACCCCGAACCCAGGCUCCAACUGGGGCGACCCCGUCCCGAAACCUAAAGCUCAGAACAAUAGCCAGGGUUGGGGGGAGCCGAUGAAGUCCAACCACGGAGCCCAGAACUGGGGGGAGCCAAGUCCUAAGCCCUGUAACCCCUCCAAUGAGUGGGGGAAGGGUCCUGAAUCGAACAUGUCCAGAGGCAACCAAGGUCCCAACAAGCCCACAGGUUGGUUGGGAGGUCCUAUGCCUGCAGUCUGUCAGAAGGAGGAGGAAGCUACUGGGUGGGAGGAGCCUUCCCCAGAGUCCAUCCGGCGGAGGAUGGAGAUUGAUGAUGGGACAGCGGCAUGGGGAGACCCUGGUAAAUACAGUGGUGGAUCUGUCAACAUGUGGAACAAGACUGGCCAGUCAGACCAGGAAUCCAUGGCUAUGGGCCCAUCCUCUCAGCACCAGUCCCACCAAUCGCAGGGCUCGAUGCAUUCUCCUCAGCCCAUGCAGCCUCCGGCCCAAGACAAGAGCUGCAGAUCUGGUUGGGGCGAGCCAUAUCCCCAGCAGAAGGAGCCAUCGCCAUGGGGCGAGCCUGCUGCGGGCCCUCCAGUGACUGUGGACAAUGGGACGUCUGCCUGGGGUAAACCCACGGACAGCAGUUCCGGUUGGAAUGAGCCCAGCAGCAGGGACAGCAGGGAGUCUGGAUCCGGAUGGGGAAGCCAGCACAAGUCUGGCUCGAAGCCCAUGGAGACGUGGUGCGGGGAGGAGGUGUCUAUGGGCUCCAGCUGGGACCAGGAGGAGGAGGUAGAGAUUGGCAUGUGGAGCAACAGCCAGCAGGACAGCAGGUCCCAUGAACAGAACACCUGGAACUACAAGCAUAAAGGCUCCAACAAGAUGAACAAACCAGUCAACAAGCAGGACGAACCAUGGAUGAAACCCUUUAUUAAUCAGUUCAACAACAUGAACUUCCCUAGAGACUCUCCUGAGGACUCCAUGAAGGCAGGAGGAGGGAUGGUGCAGGACAAGCGUAUGGAUGUGGGUGGCAUGGGAGACUUGAACGGAGUGAUGGGGAAAAACCCUGGGUCCCGACACCAGCUCCACAAGGACUCUCCCAUGGAUCGCAGCCCGUACUAUGACAAGAAUGUAAACCCCAUGUUGGGUGGCAGUAGCAUAGCACAGGGCCGAGGCGGCCCCCAGCCCCAGGUCCCCCCCCAGCCCAACCUCCGCAACCAAGUGCCUCCACCCAUCCUGUCCUCUCAGGUCCCUCCACCUCUGUUGAAGUAUCCAGGGGGUAACGGAGGUCUGAACCCUCUGUUUGGACCUCAGCAGGUGGCUGUUCUCAACCAGCUCACCCAGCUCAACCAGCUGUCACAGCUCAGCCAGAUCAACCAGUUACAGCGUCUUCUCCUCCAGCAGCAACAGCAGAAAGCUCAGAGCCAGAGAGCCAUGCCUGUUGGACGACAGACUGAACAGACUCGUCCGAUCGGUUCAUCCCCGUCAAUGAUGCAGCCGCCGCGGCACCUGGACCCCUCCCUGCUGAAACAGGCCCCGACCCUCAAACCGUACCUGGACAACUACAUGUCCCACAAUGCUCCUGAGAUGCAGAAGGACCCCACUGCCCUCGGUUCCUUUAGCAACUUCCCUUUAGGCUUGAACUCUAACCUGAAUGUAUCCCUGGACAUGGGUGGUGGUGGUAGCAGUGGUAGUGGAGCAGUGAGCUACAAGGAGCUACCCCAGUCCAAACUGAAGAAAAUUUGGGCUACUGACCCUCUGGAGCAGAACAGCAAACCUGGUGCUAUGUCGUCUGGGCUGCGCCUGGAGGACUCUCCCUUCUAUGACUUCCUGUCUCCUGGCCCCUCCCCCCUGAGUCCUCCCGGCCAAUCAAUGGGCUCAUUGGGUGACGGCUGGCCCCCCCGUGCCAACUCUCCCCCUCCCCACGGAAACACCGUCACUUGGCCCCCAGAGUUCCGGCCCGGGGAGCCUUGGAAAGGUUACCCCAACAUUGACCCUGAGACUGACCCCUACGUGACCCCCGGCAGUGUCAUCAACAACCUCUCCAUCAACACCGUCCGCGACACAGACCACCUCAGGGACAGGAACAACGGGCCAUCCUCAUCAUUGAACACCACGAUGCCUUCUAACAGUGCCUGGUCAUCCAUUCGUGCCUCCAGCCACAGCGGUUCCCUCACCAGUACAGCACAAAGCACUUCAGCCAGACCCAGUGAGUCCAAGUGGUCUCCCGGCAGCGGCUCUGUGUCCAACUCCUCCCUGGCCCACGAGCUGUGGAAGGUCCCCCUGCCUCCCAAAGCGCUGUCUGUGGCGGCCCCCUCCAGACCCCCGCCCGGCCUGACUGGCCAGAAGCCUAGCUCGGCCUCCUCCGGCUGGGAUGGCUCCGCCUUGGGGAGACUGGGGAGCUGGGGCUCUGCCGAGUCCAGAUACACACCUGGUUCCAGCUGGGGCGACAGCAGCAGCAGCAGCUCAGGGAGAACCCAAUGGCUCGUACUGAAGAAUCUCACACCUCAGAUUGAUGGCUCUACCCUGAGGACUCUGUGCAUGCAGCAUGGCCCUCUGAUCACAUUCCACCUCAACCUGCCGCACGGUAACGCCGUGGUCUGCUACAGCACCAAGGACGAGGCCGCCAAGGCCCAGAAGAGCCUGCACAUGUGUGUUUUGGGGAACACUACUAUUCUGGCUGAGUUCGCCAGCGAGGAGGAAAUCAACCGUUUCUUUGCACAAGGGCAGUCAUUGGCCGCUCCCUCCUCGGGCUGGCAGGCUAUUGGCUCCUCUCAGAGCAGAAUGGAUCAGUCCCAUCCCUUCCCCAGCCGCGCCCCUGAACCCAACCAAUGGAAUGGCAGCGACCUCCACAGCUCCUCCCUCUGGGGCGGGCCCAACUAUUCCACUAGCCUAUGGGGGAGCCCCAGUGGCACAGAGGGCGGGAGGAUCAGCAGCCCUUCUUCAAUCAGCUCCUUCCUUCCGGUGGAUCACCUGACAGGGGGCGGGGACUCCAUGUGAGCCGCCUGUCAAACAAACAGGUCGGGGGUAGGGGGUCAGUAGAGAAUCAUCAAUAAUCACCAGAAGAAAAAAAAAAUCAAAAAACCUCAAAAAAAUGUAGUUAAAAACGCAAUGGCACUAGUUGGACUCUUUCUCACUUACAAGAUAUACAAAAAAACGGGGUCUCCCUGUGGAAAACAAGUUACGUUUCUCUCUCUGCACAUAUGUCCACUUUGUUUUAGCCCAAAAACAUAUCAGUCGGAAUACUUGAAUCAUGCAGGCCAAUUCUAUAAUGUGAACGGAUGGAUAUUCGCUUCCAGGUAGUGCUCUUUCAGACCGAAAAAAAGCUUCAAUCGAGCUCAUUAUUAUAUUUUUUUGUUUCAUUCAUCAUGUUUAUUUGAAUUCCAAUUCUUUUUAUUUUUAACAUUUUGUUUUUGUUUUAGUUUUUUUUUCUUUGCAUUUGUUUGCUGACAAUGUUGGAGUAUGAGCUUUUUUAACUUUGCACUGAAUGUGGUUUUUUCUCAGUAUAUAUAAUCUGCAAUAUAGAGGGAGCAGCCAGUUUUUCCAGUGUAGCUGUUUACUCAUUGAGGUCCUUACCGUAUGUGUGCACGUGGCGUGUGUGCACGCCCGUGUGUGUGUGCGUGCGUGCGUGUGUGAGAGUACGUAUGUGUGUGUGUGUGUGUGUGUGUGUGUGUGUGCGCUCCUCUCUGCCUUGGCACGCCUACCUUACUGCGUUGUCGUGGAGAUCAAGAUCAACAGAUAGUUAAAAGAAGAAAAAAGCUGACUUAGGAGGAUUAUCUGAUAUUAAAAGUGACAUUAAAAAGUAUUGCACCAAUUUUGUGUUUUAAAACUAAAGAACGUUGAGCUCUGCAGUGCAAAGGACUGUAGCCGCAGCUGGGACUAGCAAGCCCCGCCCACCCUAGUAUAGGAGGCGGUGCCUAUCUAGCAAGCCCCUCCCACUAGUCCCCCUAGUGGGCAGGGGGGGAACAGCACUUUCAGAAUAGGCUUUCAAUGUUGUUUUGGAGGUGCCACACUGCAACCUCUUGUUUACAAGACUUAGGAGGCGGAACGUGUGUUCAUUCUUCCUUCAUUUUAAAGAGAAAAUGGAAUAAAAUAGAAAAAAAAUACAAAAAAAUAUUAAAAGUAUUUUAAAAAACUUGAAAAAAAAUUUAAAAAGCUAAGAAAAUGUUACAAAAAAAAAAAGAAUUUAAACUCUUAUUGAGGAUGAAGACGAUGCUUUGUAACUCUGGGAAUUCGGAUCAGUGUUUUUGGCCAUGGCGUUGGUUAUUUGAACUAUUCCUCUUUGUCUGCUAAAUAACCAGCAAUGGUUCUCAGGAAAUCAAGCCAGUUUUCCCCCCUUGUAGUUGAAUUAAAAAAAAAAAACUACUACUACUCCUUGUAGGAAAGGAAAAUCCAACUUCUAGCACUGAAAACUACGUAUAGGUCUGUAAGUUUUUUCUCUGCCAAAUAACUGCUUUAAGCUGGAGAAGCUCGACACACUGCUUUCAAUAUGCUGUCUUUUUGAGGGGGGGGGGGUCACUUUGGGGGCGGGGUGGAGGACGGGCGGUAGAAAUCCCGAUGCUCCCUCUCUCCUCUCCUCCUCCUCCUCUUCCUCCUCUCCUCCGCUCCACUGGUGUAAAAAACAAAAACAAACAAAAAAAAAAAAAACAAACAGUGGGGAGUGUUUUGUGUGAGUGUGUGUGACUGACUGACUGUCAAAGCAAAUAUUCUGUCUUGUCGGACUUAUAAACCAAGAGAAAGGCGAAUCUGUAUCUAUGCAUACUGUAGCCUCUCACACGGCCUAUGGAGAGGUGUUUUUUUGGUUGUUUUUUUUUUUUUCUUUUCCAUGUCUCACAAAAUGUUUUAAGUAUUUCAAUAACAGCAUAAUGCGAAAUAUUACCUUGUUUUUUUUGUUUUUUUUUCUUGAAUCGCUCUCAUUGCCACAAAUGGUGUUUGGAAAAAAAAAAAAACGAAAGAAAACAAAAAAAAGUGUAAAAAAAAAAAAAUUAUAAUCUCGUUUUGGUUGAUAAUAUUUUAAUAGUGCAAAAGUCGUCCACAUUUCAUUGCCUUGAUCCUAAUUGUGUCCGAAGAUGCAACAACAAAGUCAAGUGGCUUCUACCUGUUUACAAAUAGAAUAUGAUUGUAUUGUUGUACUGUUUUUUUGGUUUGGUUUUUGUUCUUUUAUUUUCUUUCUUUUUUUUUUUUUUUUUUGGGUGGGGGUUGUGCUCAUCCGAAGUUCCUGACCUGAUGAAUCUAGCCUGUCUGUGUGUGUGUGUGUGUGUGUGUAUGUGUGUGUAUGUGUGUGUGUGUGUGUGUGUGUUAGGCUGCUCUGUACUGGUAGAUAUGUGAGUUCUACCGCUGUAGGGGAAGGGAUGGGGGGAGGGAGUUGGGUGUUUUUUGGGGUGGGUGGGGUACAGGGUGAAUGUAAUCCACCAGUGGUGUAGUCAACAAAAAUACACACGUGUGAAUAACGUACAUAGAUUUACCUAUUUACCAGUGAUUGUUUAGUUACGAUGAUGCACAACUUGUCGGGGGGAAAAAAAGCUUCAGAGAGAGUGCGUGAACGAGAAGUCAGCAUUAGGCGAAGCCAUGGACCUUAAUUUUAUUUCUUUUUUUUUUUUGUCUUCAUCGUGUAAUUUUGUGUAAAGCUGUUGCGUGUGUGUGCGUGUUUCCCCUCCCGAUAGGUUUUAUUUCAUAAGUAGCAGAAGCUUUAGUUGUGUUUUUAAGUUUAUCCGUGAAUAUUUAACGACUUCAAAGCAUACGUACUGAGGCAGAACCUUGAGUAUUAGCCAGACUUGACAGUGGUGUGUGCCAGUAUUGAACCGCUCUUUACCAAAUAUUAUUCAAUCAAAACAAACAAACAAAAAAAGAUUGGUUUACGUAAUUCCAGAUCUCUUUGCUUAAAAUAUAUAUCUCUAUUUGUAUUAUUAUUUCUUUUUUUGGUCUUGUUUAACAAAUGUUAAUAAGCGGAACAUCUGAACCGUGUUUGUCAUGUGUUUUUGAGUAACUUAAUUGACAAAUUGAACUGAGGAGCCUUGGAUUUUGCACUUGGUGUGGACUAGAACGGACAGGCAUAGCGGAGGAGAGCUGAGCCAGCCUGUCCAGGAGGAAGGUGGUGUACAUUGGCUUUUUUUUUUUUUUUGGUGCGUGUUAGGAUGGGUGUGAGGAGAAAACUGCGUCUGUGAGAGUGCCGUGACAGGGUCAAGUGUGUGUGUGUGUGUCUUUGUUGUUGACAGGAGUGGAUGUUGGCGUGUUUGCUCUGACAGUGUAGAGACUAGAGACGAUGGUGCUUUGUUGGUUCCAGUGAGGAGGAGGAGGGUGUUUCUCUUCAGCUUUACGUUUCCUUAUGUCACUGGGCCAGUCAAAAACUGAGUGAAAUAUCCAAACGAUGGAACGAUGUGCCUGGUCAGCCUCUAAAGUGGAAUCAAAUAAACAGAUCACUCCGAGUGUGUUUUAGUAUUCAGCUACUGUUGGGCCCAGGUCUGGCAGGUCUGGUUGUCAUGGAGAUGCUGGGCUCUGAGGAUGCAAGGCCUGUGUUUUUUGUUUUGUUUUUUUUUGGGGCAGGGGGACUUGGACAAGGAAUGUGGCAUCAGCUCAGAUGGUUGGUUCUUCCUGGCUUUUCAGGAAUGCAGGGUUACGUUUGCCUCUCAUUCGGCUGAUCCAAGAUCAGCUCUCCCCUCUCUGAUGUCCUAAAGUGAAUUUCAGGAGAGGAAACUGACGGGAGUUCUGGGCCAAGUCGACCCUGGAGUCUGUGUCAUUUAGUUUCUCCUUUCCCUUGUCCAUGGGGAAAAACAUGGUAUUUUACUCUUCAUUCAUUCUUCUGAAUUUAAUUUUUGGGCAGUGAAUCUCUCCUGGUUCAGAUCCGGGAACAGUUUUGUCCCUCCUCGGCAUCCGUACCUUUAAGUGGUAUGAGGACAACCUGAGCCCAGAUGAGCGUUUCUGGAGGCAGCUUAGCUCUGCUGUUGGAGAAGGGACAAGCUCGGUCUGUAAAAUGCCUCUCUGUUUGUCGACGAUGUUACUGUUUAGCUUUGUGACUUUAGGGGUCCGUACUUCCCCUUGUCUCGUCCAAUCUGCUGUUAGCGUGUGGCGUCGCAGUCUCAUACAGAUACCUACCGUGUGUGCGUGUGUGUGUGUGUGUGUGUGUGUGUGUGUGUGUGUGUGUGUGUAUUUGAACAUACUAUCAUGCCAAAUCGAGGAGGGAGGGUGAGAGGGAGGAAAGGGAUUGAUUUGAUUUGUUUGUUCUUUCUUUUUUGUGUCUUCGUAUGUAUGUCUGCAUUAACGUGUGUUUAAAAAGCUGGACAAUGUAAUGCUUGAAGAUAUAAAAAAACAAGUCAUUUGCAAAAGGAUGAUGUGAGGAAAACCUUUUUCAGUAAAUGAAAACCACCAUGAGCAAUGUACAAUCCCCAGGGCUGCCAAGCAGCUUCCCGAUAGGGCCAGAUGAGGGGAGGAGGGAGGAAGCAAGGAAGGAAGGAGAGGAGGGAAGCUGGCUGGUGAUACUACUUUCUUUUUGUUUAAUAUUUAAAGAUAAAAUGUUGUGAUUCUUUUUUUCUCUUGACUUAUCCUGUGAGCAAAUGCUAUAUAUAUAUUAUAUAUAUAUAUAUAUGUGUAUAUAUAUACAUACAUAUAUAUAUAUAUCAGUACGCAUAACACACACCCAUGUCUAUUAAGAAACAAUGGCUCCUACUGUCGAUCAAAAAGCGCUAAGGCUAUUUUUUUGACUUUACACACAUGAAAAAAACUGUGAGGAUUUGCUGUCUUCUCUUUUUCUCUUUUUUUGUCAUUUUACAUUUUAGUAUGAAUACACACAAACCCUGAAAAGCUUUAGUCUAACCAGCACAAAGACUCGGGUGGGGUUGGGUGGGGCGGGCGGGCUUUCGGGGCGGGGGCGGGUGCAGUACAGAGGGGGAGGGAUGGGAGUUGCUCAGAGAGACUAUGCAGUGGAGUGUUAAACCCAGGCUUCCAUGUCCACCUUGGGUUUUUUUUUUUUUUUUUUUUUUUGCUUUCUCUAAUAAUCCCAAAAAAAUACAGAUUAAAAAAAAAAAAAAAAAAAAAAAAAAAAAACACAGUUGACAUGGUAUUCCCAGUAAUAUUCCUCAAACUGAAACAUGUUGUGCCAUCGUUGAAUCGUACUACUACUAAUAAUAAUGAUGAUAAUAAUAAUAAAGACUAAAAAAAAAACAAAAAAAAAACACAAAAAAACUCUUACCUAGCAAUCAUCGGGCCAGUUGUAGCAGGAGAGGAGCAAAGGUUAAGAUUUGCGAAGUCCAUGUCUUUUCUCACAGCUCGUCUCCUCCUCGAUAAGACUGAGGCGAGGGAGACCAGCGAAACUGCAAAUUUUACACAACUACAACUUUUUUUAUAGAGAGAUUCUAUCAAUCCAGAGUGUGUAGUUGGAUCACCUGUAAACCUAUUAUGCACAUUGCUUUGGGAGACUGUUGAAACUAUAUAUAUAUAUGAAUACAAACGUACAAUGUCUAUAAUCAACGAGGGGAGGCCUUCCUCUCUCUUACAAACUGAAAUGAAAACAGGAAGUACCUUUUUAUUUUCAAACGUCUUCCUCGGGUCAUCUUAAAGGAUUUUAUCUUAAACUUCGGGGGAAACUGCACUUUUUGAAGGACAAUCUUUAUUUGUAUGGGUAUAAAAAUUGACAAAAAAAACGAAGUCGCCUGAUAUUACAAGGUAUAGAAAACCAACUCCAGUGUGCUCUAAUAAUGAAUGUCUCCUCUGAUGCUGUCUACUCUUUUUUUUUUUUUUUGGUUUCAUUUAAUCUUUUUUCCUUUCCUUUUUGUUGCUUGGUUUGUUCUGUUUUUUUUUUUUCUCCUCUUCCUUAUUUUUCUGGAUUUUAGUGCUCUUAAGAGAAUCCGUACUAAGGUGUAGAGUAGUAGGUAGUAGGUCUUCUGUUGGCUGUACUCGUAUACUGAUAACUGUUUGUAACCCUCUGGCCCCUGCGGCCAGCAUACAAAGCUGUAUAACUUGGGUACAACCCUCAAUAAAAGACUAACAGUGACUCAA